UUCUGACAAAAGAACCGCGUGCCGAAUGCUCCAACAUAGGUUAUAUUUUCUUCACAACCAGCACAUUAGUGCUAUUGUUUAUAGAGUAUUUUUCCUACGACUAUGCAAAUGAUCGUAAGAUUAAAGUGAUUGAACAAAAUGUCUACCUGUAGAAUACACAAUGUUAGAUUUUACAAUCUCGAACCAAAGGCUGUCACUUGUUUGUGUUACGAGAAGAAAAACAAUAAAUUGGCACUUUCCAGAAACGAUAAUUCCAUUGAAAUAUGGAAUGUAUCAAAUGCUCCGUUUCUCGAAUCGGUGAUCCCAGGACAUCCACAAGAUUCGGUAGAGUCGAUGAUCUGGAUUGACAAUCGGCUUUUUUCAGUAGGCUUAAGAGGAAUGGUCUCGGAGUAUGAUUUAAACGAAUUGUCGGUUAAAUACGAAGUGGCAGUGACGGGUGGAGCAGCAUGGUGCUUAGAUGUGAACCAGCAGAAGUCGCGGAUAGCAGUAGGAACAGAGGAUGGAUAUAUCAAUACAUUUAUAGUGUAUUCAGAUUCGUUACUGUAUGAGAGGAUAUUUGACAAGCAAAAAGGAAGAAUAUUAUGUAUCAAAUGGGACAACACAGGAGAAAUGAUAUUCACCGGUUCCACGGACACGGUGAGAGUGUGGAAUUCUGUGUCGGGACAUGCGGUGCACAAAAUGACAACGGCGAGGAAAUUCUCAAAGAGAGAAACGAUAGUCUGGUGUUUGGCAUUAACAGAUGACAACCAUGUGGUCUCGGGUGAUUCUCGAGGAGUUUUAUCAUUCUGGGAUCCUAUGACAGGAACGCUGAUAGAGAGUCAUGAAAGCCACACUGCUGACAUCUUGGCGAUAGCAAUGUCGAGUGAGGAAAAUGUUGUCUAUUGUGCUGGAGUCGAUCCAGUCGUGCGAAGUUUUGCUAAAGUAACUUUGAAGUCCGGCGGUCGACCACAGUGGGUCAAAGGGAUAGAGAGACGUUUGCAUGCUCAUGACGUAAGAGCUCUGGUUGAAGCGAGUGGUAAACUCUGGUCAGCCGGAGUAGAUGGUUACCUUGCAGUUUCGAGUUAUCCACCAAAAUUACUAGUGAAAUAUCCCCCUUUUCUCAAACCUCCCUGUGUCAAAGUGUGUCGUAGGUCCCGUUGCGUUAUGCUACGUUACACGAAUUAUCUGGAACUUUGGAGACUGGGAAAACCUGUCAAAUUGACUAAAGAGUCAGUUAUUAGUCCAGGAGCUCUACAUCCAUUGGACGAGAAUCCAAUGAAACUACUGGAGCUUAGAACAAAAAAUGAAGAGGCUAUCGUCGCCUGGGCGAUCAGCAAAGAUUCCACGCUCAUUGUUUAUUCCACUGAUACUCAUUUGAGGGUUUUCAACUUUGACGUCAUCGAAGGCGAUGCUAUGCUCAUGAAAAAUGACAUUGACGUAAACCUCAAAAGCGUUAAAAAGAUGCUAUUCAGUCCCAAUGGAAAACUAUUUGCUGCCUUCAGUCGACAGGACGGUGGAUGCUUGUUGACCAUCUACCGGGUUGAGAAAAAAAGAUUCAGUAAAGCUGGAGCUUUCAGAGUGGAUGAGCACGGCGUGAGCAAUGUUGGACUUGCUUGCUUCUCUCCCGAUAACAAAUAUCUAAUUUGCUCUGAUAUGCGAGGACUCGUUGUCCUUUAUCACCUCAACGAGUCAUUCGAUUUUCAAAAUCCCCACUUUUUUUCUCUUCCCAAAUACAGCUGCCCACCCACUGCUAUGGCUGUACAACAGGGUACUCUGAAUCUCGUUAUCGUCUACUCCGAUCACAAGAUAAUCGAAUACAACAUACCCAGAAAGCAGUACACCGAGUUUUCGAACAAUCUUCAAAGUCGUCUACCUCUACAGUGGCUCUCACGCCCAUAUCCUGUCACGAACGUCAACUUCGACCCGAAAAACGAAAACAUCAUUAUAUUUCAUGACGACACGACCGUUUACGUCAUCAAUAAAAAUAAAGAACUUCCAGAGAAACAAGCCAAAAUUCCCAGGCGAGAAAAUGGAGAUUUUGGCGACGAUAGCAACUCUGGGUCCAGUUCGAACUCCCAGCAUGCUUUUCAAGUUGCCAAAAAGUACAAGCAUUUGGUGCACCUCGAAUGGUUGAACGACGAGGAGAUGGUCGCAGUCGAGGUUAAUCCAAUUUCGCUCACGGAAAAAUUGCCGCCGCCCCUCAAACAAAAGUGGUUCGGCAUGUAAAUUGUUAAAAAAAUUGGACAAUUAAUAAAAAAAAGAAAGAAGAACGACGAAA